AUGGCGAUCCCACAAGUCCAAGAUCCUUCAAUCCGCUAUCUCCAGACGGCCGAAGCCUAUGAUCUAUGGGCCAACGUCUACGACACAGAUGGGAAUUUUCUCCAGGCACUUGACACCCUCCAGAUGAAGAGCCUUCUCCCUCGGAUGCUGGCGCUGCUGGAAUCCAUUCAAGCCCCUCAGCCUUGGAAGUUGGUAGACCUGGGAUGUGGCACUGGGCGCAACACGGCAGCACUGUUAGAAGUGGGAGAUUGUGAAGUGGUGGGCCUGGAUGUGAGUUCUGGCAUGUUAGAAGUGGCCAGGCGGCGACUGAAAGACGGGCUGGCAUAUGGCAGGCUCCAAUUACAGGUCCUGGACUUGAUCGAACAAUCGGUACCGCCGCAUCUGAAACAGUGGGCAGAUGCGAUAGUUUCGACUCUUGUGAUCGAGCACAUUCCCGCCGACCUUUUCUUUCGCCAGAUAUCCGACAUGCUCAAACCAGGCGGGCUCAUCCUACUGACCAACAUGCACUCGGAGAUGGGAAGGACCAGUCAGGCUGGGUUCGUCGACCCGAGGACAGGAGAAAAGAUUCGACCAGCAAGCUAUGCCCAUACUAUACAAGAUGUGAAGGCAGAGGCUGCCAAGCACGGACUGGAAGUGAUCGAGAAGAUACAGGAAGUAAGGGUCGAGCCAAAUAUGGUAUCUCAGCUGGGUGAGCGGUCGGUCAAAUGGAUAGGAGUUAAGGUGUGGUUUGGGGGAAUUCUGAGGAAGAAGUAG